AUUAAAACCAACAAGAGUCGUAAUUUUCCAAACGCGCAUAGUUCGACGUGAUAAGCUUUUUAGAAAAUAUGCAACAAAAAUACAACAACAUCCAGCAUGGAAAAAUAUUCAAUAGCACUUGCAUUUCAAAUUAAAUUAUACAACUGGAACUAAAUAUAAACUGUAUAUUUUUCAAAACAUACUACCACAUUUAUAUAUUUCAGAUGACGGAGGUUUUGUUUGCCGCGCCAUCCGAUUAGAAGACGAGAUAAUUCCUCAAGUUCAAGUUCCAUAUACAAAGGUGACAACAUGUUGAUGCACACACAAAAAGAUCCGCCGUCUAAAGAUUUGGUUAACAAUGCGACUAAAAAUGGAAAACAACGAACGUUUUUCAAAAAGUCGCACACGUGCGGUAGUUUUUACGCCAAGUGUGGUUGUAGUGAAAAUUUGGACUCCAAAAGCGAUUAUAGCACUCUUUUGCACUCCAAAUCGGCGGAACAUCCGAAGAGUACCAAAUUCAGUUUGGACGAGACCAAUUCGCCGGUUUUUUAUUUAGACAAACGAUAUUCUAAUCCUGAUCUAACAAGGUAUAGUCCAAAAAGUGUAGAAAUUUGCCUGACUCCAAAAUUAUCAAAAGGAUCCAACGUAGUAAAAACCAAUGUUUAUUUGGGUCACCCCGAAAUAAACUUUCCCAUACCGGUGGAACUACCCGUCGAUCAGUGCAACAAAUGCAAUUUAAAACUGAGCCGAUCACCACCGCCCAAUUUCCAUCCCGAAAUUAAAGCCAAGCCCGAGUACCAUAGAUACAAGACGUCUUUGAGCCACGAAGACCAACCGACGCAGAAGUUAGAGGAGGCUCAAAAGUUCCUGCAAGAUUUCGGGAUACUUCAACCGGCUCAGAUGGGAAACGGAUCGGCCAGCAUUAGAAAGAGCUCGGUAGACGAAGAGGUGCUCCAGAAGAUCCAACGCACUUCCAGGAUCUUGGAGUCGAAACGACAGAGUUUGGUCGAUCACGAGGAUUACGAAUAUCUGAGAGCUGUAGUGGCUAAGUUGAAACACGAAAUAGUUGAUUUGGAAAGCAAAUACGAAUCUACCCAAGUCGAGUUGAUCGACGUUAGGAGACACUUGAACAACAAGGAAGCGCAAGUCUUGAAAUUACAACGUGAAGUGCAUAAGUUAAGAAGCGUUUUGCAACAAACAAACGUCAGUAGAGAUGGAGAACUUCUUGCUAACAUACAAAAGCAACAUGCUAUGGCGAACAGAGUUCCUCAAACUAUCACACUCAACCCCGGAAAUCAUUCCAAAAAACAAGGGGUUUCUGCCGAAUCCAGCGAAGCUGCAGGCGAAGCUGUUAACAUAUCCAUAACGAAACAUGAUAAAGAUUUUAGAUCAAAGCAAUUGAUCAAAGGCGCUAUAAUGGACAACACUUUCCUGAAGCAUUUGGAUACAUCUCAAGUACGAGAAAUGGUGGACGCCAUGUAUGCGAAGGAGUACUCAGCCGGUUCGUUGGUGGUCAUAGAAGGAGAAGCAGGAGUGCAUUUGUUCGUUUCUGGCGAAGGUGAUUUCGAAAUCAUUAAAGACAGCAAAGUAUUAGGCCUCAUGGGGCCAGGAAAGGCGUUCGGAGAACUUGCUAUUUUGUACAAUUGCACGAGAACCGCAUCAAUAAGAGCUGUUACCGACGUUAAAGUAUGGAUAUUAGAUAGGAAGGUUUUUCAACAGAUAAUGAUGAGGACCGGUUUGCAAAGACUGGAAGAUAAUCUCAAAUUCUUGAAAUCCGUUCCUCUUCUACAGAAUCUCAACAAUGAUGUUUUGGCCAAAAUUGCUGAUUCCCUUGAAGUAGAGUUUUAUCCAGCAGGUGCUUAUAUUAUCCGUCAAGGAGCAAGUGGAGAUACAUUUUUCAUAAUAAGUAGUGGAUCCGUGAAAGUAACUCAAAGAUUACCAGGCCAAUUAGAGGAAAAUGAGAUUCGCGUUCUCCAAAGAGGCGAUUAUUUCGGCGAGCAGGCUCUUCUGAAGGAAGACUUUCGAACGGCUUCAAUAAUUGCCUUGCAUCCUGGCGUCGAGUGUUUAACACUCGAUAGAGAUUCAUUUAAGCAACUCAUCGGCGAUAUAAGCGAAAUAAGAGAAAAAGACUACGGCGACGGGGAAAGAUUAAGCAAAACAUCAGCUACGACAAUACAGCAAGAGUACGAAUUUAUAACGCUGAACGAUUUAGAAGUAAUAGCAACGCUGGGAAUAGGAGGAUUUGGAAGAGUGGAAUUGGUUCAAUACAUUUCCAAUCCUUCGCUUACAUUCGCUUUGAAAUGCCUGAAGAAGCAGCAUAUUGUAGACACGCAACAACAAGAGCACGUAUUAAGCGAACGAAAUAUCAUGCUGAGUUGUCGAAGUCCAUUUAUUUGCAGAUUGUACAGGAGUUUCCGUGACACCAAAUACGUGUACAUGCUUUUAGAAGCCUGUUUAGGAGGCGAAGUUUGGACAAUACUCAGAGAUAGAAGCUGUUUUGAUGAUCACACCACGCGUUUCAUCACGGCUUGUGUGAUAGAAGCUUUCGAAUACUUGCACGCUAGAGAAAUCGUCUACAGGGACUUGAAGCCUGAAAAUCUCCUUCUGGAUGCCAGAGGGUACGUGAAAUUGGUAGAUUUCGGUUUCGCGAAGCAACUGUGCCACAGCAGUAAAACGUGGACGUUCUGCGGCACCCCGGAAUACGUGGCUCCCGAGGUUAUCUUGAACAAAGGUCACGAUAGGGCGGUCGAUUUUUGGGCAUUAGGAAUUCUAAUGCAUGAACUUUUAACGGGAAACCCACCAUUUAGGUCUACAGAUCCGAUGAAUACUUACAAUUUGAUAUUGAAAGGAAUCGAUAUGAUUGAUUUUGCAAAGUAUAAUGUAGGGAGGACAGCGCAAGGUUUGAUUAAAAAAUUAUGCAAAGAUGUGCCUUCCGAGAGAUUGGGGUGCCAAAGAGGCGGAAUUCAAGAUAUUAAAAAACAUAAGUGGUUCCAAGGGUUCGAUUGGGAUGGAUUAAUCAACCAAACAUUACCCGCACCCAUUCAGCAAACUAUUAGAAGCCCUUCGGAUACGUCAAAUUUUGAUGAAUUUCCUAAUGAUGAUGACAUUCCUCCUGAUGAAAAUUCAAAUUGGGAUAUUAAUUUUUAAUAGGCACUUGAAAUAUCUUUGUCAAUUUCUUUCUGCUUUUUUUUGCCUAUUUUUGUUUUUCAGACCUCUCGAAUUUCCAAACUAAACCUGCAGCUGCCCGUAAAGUAGUGAAAGUUUGAUACUAGUGAAAACAAUUAGUUUUUUAUUUAUUUACCUACAAUGGUAUUAUUUUUAUUGUAGGUAUCAAACGCUUUGUAAAGGUGACAUUUUAAUCUUCUUUUAAAAUUACCUGCAUACUUUUAUGUAAUUUCUUUAUGCUUUGAAGGAAUUCAAAUAAGUUAUCUGCUUGCAUGAAUUUUGGUAAACAUUUUUAUGUGAUUUUAUAGAACAAUAUACAUAAGUGCACACCCAC